AUGUCUGAAGAGAAGAAUAGUCAUCUAAUGGAGAAUAACUUAUCUGAAUUAGCAGAUGCUUCCAAUCUAGAUAAUUCUAUACACACAAUGAAGUUCAUAUGAGCCUCUAAAUGCCCUACAUUGAGCAUUUUUGAUGCAAAAACGUCACAAGUAGAAAAUAUAAGUUUGCCAACAGAUCAGGUACUUGACAAAUACGGAGCAAAAUGCUUGCUUCCUAAUGGUAGUCUAUUUUAUGAUAAUGACCCUAUGACUAUUAUAAUCUAUUCUGAAUAUCAUAUAAAAUUUUUGCCGUUCCGCCCAGAGCAAAGUUCAGAUGCAUGCGCAGUCUAUAAUGACAGACAAAUCUAUCUAUUUGGAGGAACUUAUAAUAAUUCAGCUAAGUUUAAUAUUGCUGAUAAUAUAUGAAGUCCACUUACAGCUUUACCAUUAAGUUUAGGAAGCUAUACUUUUGGAGCAGCUUUUAGACAAUGUAUUUUGCUCGGAUCUAUGUGCACAAAUAAAAUACUUAUUAUGAUACCAUAA